GAAAAAGAUAAGCCUUGACAAGCUUGGCAUCAGCCGGUCUGUGAUGGUCCAUGAUCCUAAGAAAUAAAAAACAUAAUUCGUGGUGUCUUUUUUGUUAUUCCGGUCUUUUCAAAUUCAGCUUUAAGAACCAGAACGGCACCGAGGUGCUGUAACUCUAUACGGCCUUGGUGCUGUAAGGCAGAUUUUGUUGUUGGGAUCGCUUGUUUUCUGUUUAUUUAAAAGUCUUCCACUUGGUGCUGACUGCUGCUGACAAUGGCAGGCCAACAGUACUGUCUAAGAUGGAACGACUUCCAAUCCAACAUGGUCUCUUCUUUCAAACAUCUGCGCAGCGAGAAGAACUUCCUGGAUGUGACGCUCGCCUGCGAGGGUCAGACAUGCAAGGCACACAAAAUGGUCCUCUCUGCCUGCUCACCCUACUUCAAAACGCUUCUAGAGGAGAACCCGUCCAAGCACCCGAUCAUCAUUCUGAAGGACGUGCCAUUCAGCCACCUGCAGGCCAUCCUCGAGUUCAUGUACGCCGGCGAGGUGAACGUCGGCCAGGACCAGCUGCCCGACCUGCUGAAAACCGCCGAAAAACUCAAGGUCAAGGGACUCAUUGAUGUCAACAAGAUGUGAGGCGUCUCCGUCGCGUAGAGCGGGUGGUUCGGGGGGGGGGGGGGGGCAGGCUAUUCUGGGGGGACUGGGGGACUGACUAGGUGAUCUUUGUGGCGCGGAUGGCCGUGCAGCCCUCGCUCUCGUGGGUAGCUGGUUAGGCCGGUGUGGGGUAGAAGUCUCCAGCGGGGUCUGUUGACACUGCGGACGAUCACCAGCUCAGGUCUUGCAGUUUGUGUGAGAUGCGGCAAAAGCCAUCGCGUCGCGGUAGAUCUGGCGAGGGCCUUUGGACAUACGCUGGAUAGUGGAUAUGACCUUAGAACCAGUGUGCUUACUCGUGGGCUAUGGCCAAAAGCCAGCCGGGUGACUGGUGACGGCCAAACGGCCCGCCUACCUGCCGGUCGGGGGGGGGGGGACGGGAAACGCUGUCUGCCGGGUGGAUUGCACGCCCCCGAGUGCGGUGGGCAGGCAGCCGGCCACGCCCUCGCUCAGAGCGGGCGUGCGGCCCUGCUGGGUGGGUAGCCGUUCUAACCGGGCGGCUCUGGAGGAUACCGCCCGUACCCGGGCCUCGGACGCUCUGAGCGCGCGCGGCCGAGGCGCUGACGGGGGGGGGGGGGGGUAUUGAGCGGGUUGCCAGCCGACGGACAUGCUAUUGUGUCAGCGGUGUGCGAUUGUUGAUGUCCAUUUCAAUCGUGCCUCGCGCUAUUUUUGUCAUCAUGAAUCCGAUGGAAUUUGUUCUUUAGUUUUCAUAGAUGGAUUUUCUCUGCUGAUGACAUGUCUCACAACUGACGUUUGUUGACGAGGUGAUAUGAAUACAUGUCAACAUUUGUUCUCUCGUUUCCUAGGAAAUUUUCUUUUGUGCUCUCAUCGCGUUGACAAGUGUGCAGCUCAUGUUGAUGAUAUACAUAAUAGAUGGAGAUGGAAUGG